AUGAGAAUUGCACAACACAGUAAGUCAUGCUAAAUUCUUAUACAAAAAAAAAUCUUCACUUUUGAUGAUUAAGAAUUAGUUAACACUGCGGAAUCGACACCUGAUUCUUCAGGAAAUUCAGAAAAACCGUAAUUAGUGACAUUCAGAAAUUAAAUACUUCCUGAUUCUAAAAUAGCAAGAGAGCUUCAUGAAGCGUCUAUCUAAUCACAUUGGUAUGGGGAAACACCCAAAGAAUAUGUAGAUAAACGUAUUGUGAAGCUCAAGAAACAAAAAUUUGAAAAGGUUGUUGUGUUGGAUUUAGAUGAGACUCUAAUAUAUCAUAAAAAUAAUCAGACGUUGGUUCGUCCCUUUUGUUUAGCAUUUUUGGAAAGAUUAUCUAGAAUCUGUACUUUGGUACUUUUUACUGCUGCAAAACAAGACCACGCUAUAAAAAUGUUAAAAAUUAUAGAUCCAAAUAAAAAAUAUUUCAAAGCUAUUUGCACAUCAGAACACAUGAUAGGCAAUGUCAAAGAUUUGAGAAUUUUUUAAACUGAUCUUAAAGAUAUUGUAAUUGUUGAAAAUUCACCAAAAAAAUUUAUUGCAUAAAUCAAUAAUGGCAUACCGAUCUUACCUUACGAAGGCCAAUAAAAUGAUAAUUAGCUUGAAUUAUUACUUUCAUUCUUAGAAAUAGUGUUAUUGGUGGAUGAUGUACGCGUUCAAUUAGCAAAUAUCUUUAAAUUAUAAAACUUUUAUAAAGAAUUAAAUGGGAAAUAGGCCAUAAACAAGUUAUACAAUCCUAAAAAAAUUUUAUGA